AUGCUUUGGCCAUUCCCGUGUCCACCCAUCAUUCGCUCUGAGCGCAUGGCUCACAAGGUGGUCGCAAGUUACAAACCUUCGAAGUUUGACAAAAAAAUCCUCCUUUGGACCGGACGUUUCAAGACAGAAGAAGAGAUUCCUCUGAGGAUCCCGCCAGAGAUGCUAGACAGGGCAAGAAACAAAGCUCGAGUUAAAGCUUGUUACAUCAUGAUUGGACUCUCAAUUGUUGCCUGUUUUGCAGUGAUUGCCUCAGCUAAAAAGGCUGCUGCGCGUCACGAGUCCUUAACAAGCUGGAACCUGGCAAAGAAGGCCAAGUGGCGGAAAGAGGCCCAGCUAGCAGCGGAGUCGAAGACAAAGUAA